AUGUCCAUCCGAACCGUCCAGACAAAGCUUAGAGCUUCCCCAUCCUUCAAUGUGCUCACCGCCAUCGACACCAACUCUCCGCCUGGUCUAGCGUAUAAAGCUCAGGAUAUCGAGCUCUAUCUGGAAAAACCUUCCCAGCCGUCUUAUCAUCAUCAUCAUUCGUCUGCAUUGUCCCCGCAUCCUGGGUCGUUCAACCGUCGCAGCGCUACCUCCGGUACAAGCACUCUCAGUCCCUUCGCUUCUCCCUACAAGCCCCGCUCGGCACCUCGCACCACCAGUCAGAUCCAGUUCCAGAAUCAGACGCAGCGUGCGGGUGCCCGGGCUGGUCGAGGUCUUCCUGCACUUGGCUCGGGUCAAACCCAGGAGCAGGGGCACGGGCUUGGGCUCGAUAGCGAACUCCUCGGAGCCAACUAUCCGCAGUGGAGUUCGGGUUCACCAUCGACCUUGGGAGGAGGGGGGCUGAGUAACAGUGGCAGCUUUUCGAUGGAUCCGAUAUUCAACGGUGUACCCUCCUACUCUGUUACACCCCGUUUUGACCCAUUCGGAGAUUACCCCGGACCCGAGAAAACCUCAACAUUGUCGAUACCCCGAACUUCCACCUCCACCUCAUCUCCCCACCUCACGUCGUCUCCUGCCAACUCACCCUUUGGUGCUGGCACAGGUAACGGGCCGGCGUAUACCCAUUAUUAUUAUUACGACAAGGCGACGAACAGUCCAAUGCUUGCCUACAGUUCAGGCUCAAGCUCACGUCAAAGCAUCAACAACAACAAUAACCGCAACCGAAUCCAUCUUAAUCAUCCUCGUAAUUCGUGGAAUCAUAAAGUUAGAGGGAACAAUAAUAAUUACAAUUACAAUAACCGACGUCUUAAUCUUCCAACCUCCAACACAUUCUCUUCUUCUCCAUCUCGUUCUCCUUCGCCUCCGUCGCCCCAACAAGUAACGUUAUCGUUUACGUCCGUUCCUAACAGUACUUCUUCUACUCCCACUCCUUCGCGUUCACCUUCUCCACCAUCUCCGACGUUCCUUCCUCAUAUUCCUGCUCCUACUUCUGCGAGUCCGCUUGUAAAGGCUGAUAUGUCGCUGGACCCGGCUCCAAUUCGGACGAGGAAGAGGUCAAAUGCGUUUAGGGAGGCACCUAAAUAUGCACAUGACCAUGCGCAACCUACUGCCCCUCUUCCUCUUUCGUCUCCUACACUUCCUGCGAUCAAACCCAAAGAGAUCGAAAAGAAAGCUGAUAGUUCUAUGGUGUCGAAACUGGUCGCUGCGAUGCUAUUGAACCGGGUCGAUGCAACGGGUCGAUCACGAUCGCGGUGUGGUGGGAGUGCGAUGAAGCGCGAUGGGAUUGGAGGAGUGUAUGUGAAGAGUGGGUUGUCGAGGGUUGUUUUUGUUGAGUCGGUGGUUUAA